CCCCAGCCCCGCACAGCUGAGAAUAAGCCACGCCCCUUCCUGGCCCCGGCCACGUGACCUCCUUUAACCCUCUCCGCGCCGCCUGCCAGAUCCCGGAAGCCCUGCGGACCCUCGUGUGUGUGAGGAUAACACAGGUAACGCAGACAUGACGACGGAGGACUAUCCCAUGGAAAUCCAUGAGUAUCUGGUGGCCUUCAAUGACUCUGUUUCCACUGUUGAUGACAUGUUGAACAAAAUGAUAUCAGUAUCCAGGUCGGAGCUUCUCCAGAAAAUAGACCCACUGGAACAAGCAAAGUUAGAUUUGGCAUCUGCAUACACCUUAAAUUCUCUCUUCUGGAUAUACCUGACGACUCAAGGGGUUAAUCCUAAGGAGCAUGCAGUCAAAGGAGAGCUGGAAAGAAUACGAAGCUAUAUGAACAGAGUGAAAGAAAUAACAGACCGUAAGAAAGCUGCCAGACUUGACAAGAGAGCAGCGCAGCGAUUUAUAAAGCAUGCUCUAUCGGAUCCCACUGCCGAGGACGGCACCCCAGCCAAAAAACUGUCAAAGAAGAAAUAGCAAGUUUUGUCCAGAUAUUUUUAUUUCAUUUGCGUUUUUUUUUUUUUUUUGUACUAUUUGUUCUUCGUAUUUUAUUGAUUGAUUAAACUCUGUUCUAUUUUUC